AUGGCGCAGACCGUGGAGCAAGAUUUUUUCGGCGGGGCCAUCCGAGGCAUUGUGCCGCAGCGCUGGAUCGAUGCAAGCAAUCUCCGCGAAAUUCCAGACCACCAAGAGAUAUUUCUCUCGCCAGAAUCUCUCUCCAACAUGAUUGUCGAGAUCAACCAGCGCGUGAGCAAAGAAGACGCCCUAAGCACCUUCGCCACUCUCAGCCACCAGCACCCAGCCCUCGCAGCCGGCAGCGGCAGCGUAUCCAGCGCAACGCCCGAAUCCCUCGACCAAGCAGCCGCGCUGUACCAUCUGCAUGAUCUCUGUGACGAGGGCGACGCCAUGCAAAUUGUGACUCCGCCUCAGCGUGUGAAUUCGUCUCGUCUGGGCGUAUCUGCACCUCCCGGUAGUGUGGUUAGUGCGUACAAGGGUAUUGUGCAAUUCAAGACAGCGUCUCGCAAGCGCGGCGCGCGGACCGCGGAUGGGAGUAAUGCUUCUGCUGUGGAUUCGGCGGUUGCCGGGGCGUCAGUUGAUGGGGAGGCAGGGUUGACUUCUAAAAUGACGUGCCAUUAUUUACUGGUUAGACUUGAGAGCCAGGAGACGGAUCUUUUGGUCUUCUUCAAUGUGCCGCAUGAGGAGUUUGAUAAGAGUGGGGAUGUGCAGGGGUUGUCGAAGGAGGAGAGUGUUGCAGAGGAAACUGUGGGAGUGUUGGCAGAGAAUUUGGAGAUCCGGGAUUGGGGGCUUUUUGUUUGA